UUCUUAAGAGGAGAGAAGGCAGUGAUGGAAGAGCUCACCGCUUUCGUGUCUAAGUCUUUCGAUCAAAAAGUGAAGGAGAAGAAGGAAGUGAUAACCUACAGGGAGGUGUUGGAGACCGGGUCGACGCGAGCAGGGAGCAGGGAGGCUUUAUCCACGGAGCCGGGGAGCCGAGAGGAGGCGACCGCUGCAACCCGGAACGGUGCGCUCUCGCCGGGCAGAGAAACGGACAUGCUCGGCCCGGAAAGGAUCAGGGACGCCGGGAGCCCCAAACUCAUAGACGGCAACACGGACGUGAAAGAAAGGAAAGAGGACUCGAAGCCUAUCGAGGACGAGGCACAGACUAAAAUCAAACAGAGGAGAAGUCGGACUAACUUCACGCUAGAACAGCUCAACGAGCUGGAGCGGCUCUUCGAUGAGACUCACUACCCGGACGCCUUCAUGCGGGAGGAGCUGAGCCAGCGACUGGGACUGUCGGAGGCCCGAGUGCAGGUUUGGUUCCAGAAUAGAAGAGCCAAGUGCAGAAAGCAGGAAAACCAGUUACAUAAAGGAGUACUGAUUGGAGCAGCGAAUCAGUUUGAAGCUUGUCGUGUAGCGCCAUAUGUCAACGUGGGGGCUUUACGGAUGCCAUUCCAACAGGACAGUCAUUGCAACGUGCCGCCCUUCUCCUUUCAGGUGCAGGCUCAACUGCAGCUGGACAGCGCCGUGGCCCACGCUCAGCACCACCUGCACUCUCACCUGGCUGCGCACGCGCCCUACAUGAUGUUCCCCGCGCCGCCUUUCGGGUUGCCUCUGGCCACGCUCGCGGCCGAGUCUGCUUCGGCUGCCUCCGUCGUGGCCGCCGCCGCCGCUGCCAAAAACACCAGCAAGAACUCCAGCAUCGCCGACCUGAGACUGAAGGCCAAAAAGCACACGGCCGCGCUGGGACUGUGA